UAUGCUGCUAAGGCUUGAAAUUUGCACUUUAAAACAAACGCACACUGUGAACGCUGUUUUUAAUCACAUGCGUUACGACGAUCGUAGUUCUGUGAACUCGUGCUAAGUGGGCAGCUGCGGCUCGAGUUGAUGUCGUCAGAGGCGCUGAAAUGCAAAGCGAUUCCCAGAACACAAUUCCUGGAACUUCUGUGAACUCGUAAAGCCAAACCCACUGAGCGUUUUUUCUCGAGCUCUGUUUUCGCAAAUACUGUAAAACAUAUUUCCUUCACCACUUCAAAGACACUGCUCUGCGUCUAGCUGAUCUAUAAUACUUUGCGUUUUCCUUUAUAGGGGAGUCAUUUAGUGACUGUUUAAAGCUAGGUCGCUUUUAUACAAUCGUGCUGGAUUGACUACCUCAUAUUCACCCGAUACAAUUUAAGCAGUCGACUGCCCUUUUAUCGCUGCGGAUAUAUUUUCGAAGACAUUUCAUUUGGUAUAUUCGUGUAACGACUAAAUAAUUGUUAAAAAGAAUUACUCUAUAGCCACUGCCAAAGAAAUCUUGUAAACCUUCUCUGGCGUUCAGCGCAUGACAUGGAAUUAUUUAAUUAGGUAUAGAUAGGCAUCUGUGAUAUAUUUCUUUAUUUCUUACAAGCGUCUGGGGUUGCGAAUACAGUCGGAAGGCUUCGAAACUUUUACCUGUCAUGAUCCUGUGCAUACAAGGCCCCAGGGCUCUUUUGCCUGUUUCGGCCAAUGAGGCGGUCCCGCUGAGCAUGCGGCCUGACUCGCACCUCGGAUUCUCCCCGUCCGCACCCCCGCGGUGCCUGCACAAUCCCCCCCAACUGUGGGACCCCACAGAGGACCUGCGCUCUAUCGCCCAGACCUUUCGCUACCUCGACAUGUCAGGAUGGUACUGGGGUGCGAUAACAGCUGGGGAGGCACAGGCGGUCCUUCAGGAGGCACAGGAGGGGACCUUCCUGGUUCGGGACAGCAGCCACCCCCUCUACAUGCUGACCCUGUCUGUGAAAACGGGGCGUGGCCCUACCAAUGUGCGAAUAGAGUACAGCCACGGCCGUUUCCGGCUGGACUCCAGCUCCCUGGCCAGACCCCGCCUGCUGGCAUUCCCAGACGUGCCCAGUCUCGUGCAGCACUACAUCGGGUCCAGCCAGGGCAAGCCCGGGCGCAAGGAGGAGCAGCCCCUGCCCUCGGAGAGCGCACUGCUGCUGAAGCUGGUGCGGCCUCUGCACCGGCGCCAGGCAUGCCCGUCCCUGCAGCACCUCGCCCGGCUCGCCAUCAACCGCCUCACUUCCUGUCCGGCCCAGCUACCCCUGCCCCGCCCUCUACAGCACUACCUGCAGGACUACCCCUUCAAACUGUGAACCCCGCCCUCACCUCCGGAGCGGGCGGGCCAGCUCCCGGGACAAUCCGACGUCAGAGCGAGGGGGUUAAGGAUCCCGCCCCGCGAGCCUCUGACGUGAACUGAAGACAUAAUGACAUUAGCAAAUCGAGGCCGCACCGGCGACCAGCUCGGGGGGUCCGGGGGGCCAAAUAGUGGAGAUCAUGGUGCUCUGACUCAAGCUUGACAGAUGACCAUAAUCCGGGCCCAGCCCCUCCCCAGGGGCGAGGCAGGAAGCUGACUGUGCUGAUGCGUUACUCAAAGUCAAGUUUGAGUCGCAGCCCCGUUGAGCCAUCGAGGGGACGCAUCCUCUCACCCUAACAAAGCCUGCAGGACCAGUUUUCUGUGAACUGUGCCUGUUUGCUUGGGACUGAACCAGUCUGGUAGAAUGAAAUGGUUUUUUUUUUUUUUUUUUUAAU